GUCUGGCAACCCCGAUGACGACAUACACCACGUCAACUUCAACUGACUGCAACUGUUCAAAAAAAAGCCCAACGCACCUCUCCCUUUCUUUACACAAACUGUGAUUCUUUAAAAACUGGAAACCAUGUAAUCGUUCACAGAUAACACGGUGAGUGUGAAUGCACUACCAGCGCGAUUACGCGAGGUCUAGUUUAAACGUUAUCUGCUCUUUUGCUUCUGAAUGUCGCGCGCUGAUAGCUCGCGCACGUUAGCCUAGCAUCGUCGUUUCAACCUCGGAGAAUUGAAAUUUACCCAACCAGCUAUCACAGCUUACCAUAUUAUCCACAUGCCAGAACUAGGAUAAUGUUCUUAAGUCAAUCAUGACCUCAUUGUCAUCAUCACCAUCAUCAUCUCAGUUAACGGGGUCAAGCUCUUCAUGCAGGUCUCUUCCAGGGGAAGGGACUCAGGUCCACCCCAGAGCUCCUCUACUGCAGAUCCUGAGAGUAGCAGGUGCUCGGGAGGAGGUGUUUACCCUGAAGGAGGUCAUGCACUACCUGGGUCAGUACAUCAUGAUGAAACAGCUGUAUGACAAACAGAGACAGCACAUCGUCCACUGUCAAGAUGACCCACUCGGAGAGCUACUGGAAGUGGGGAGCUUUUCUGUUAAGAACCCCAGCCCUGUGUAUGAGAUGUUGAAGAGGAAUUUGUUUAUUUUGAAUAAUUCGGAUGCAGCAAAGAAUCUUUCAGUCGGCAAGGAUUCUAAUGAGUCUCCAAGUGAAGAUCCUGGUCAGGUUUCCAGUGGGUCCAUUAGCUCUGGACAAGCUCUCAUUGCUGGUAGUUCCAGCACUGGCGCAACCCAGAGCUGCUCACAACGCAGACCACGUGAUCCUGAUGAAGACUCCUCAGAUGGCUUGCCCAGAUCUGCUUGCAAACGGCCAAAGCUGGAUGUUACUCUGGAAGAGUGGGAUCUUUCUGGGUUGCCCUGGUGGUUUCUGGGUAACCUUAGAAGUAAUUACACUCGCCGGAGCAAUGGUUCAACAGAUAUUCACACCAAUCAACUCUCUCCUGGACAGGACGAGGAUACAGCCAUCGUUUCUGACACCACAGAUGAUCUUUGGUUCCUGAAUGAGGCAGAAAGCGAGCAAGUGAGUGUGGAGAUGAAGGAGGCAGUGCUGGAGCAGGGAAGUGACGCGGAGUCUCCACAUGAAGAAGAGGAGACUGGGAAAGAUAGUAAAGAUGACCGAAAGAUGCAGGAAGAUCAGGAUGAUGACUCUCAGUGUUUAAGUGAUGACACUGAUACAGAGAUCUCCACACAGGAUGCGUGGCAGUGUUCAGAGUGCCGCAAAUUUAACACCCCUCUUCAACGGUAUUGUAUGCGUUGUUGGGCUCUGCGGAAAGACUGGUACAAGGACUGUCCUCGUCUCGUACACUCCAUCUCCGUACCAGACAUCCCUGCCUGCAGUUCACGUCCUGAGAGGGAUGAAGAUGAGGAGGAUGAUGAUGGAAUCGACAUGCCUGACUGCCUUAGGACCGUGUCUGACCCUGUCGUCCUCCCCUCGCACCACGUCUCUAGAAACAUUCCCCCAUCAUCUGCUUCCUCGUCUAAGGGAAAGGGGCCUUCCCAGCUUCACCACCACUUACAGGAGAGCUCAGAGGGAGACAGCCAGGACACGCUGGACAUGGAGACGGAAUGCCAACCGGAGGCCAUACUGGAACCCUGCAAGCUGUGCCGGGUACGGCCGAGAAACGGCAACAUCAUCCACGGCCGCACGGCUCACUUGAUCACCUGUUUCCCCUGUGCCCGCAAGCUGCACAAAUUUCAUGCUCCUUGCCCAGGCUGUGGUCAGGUUAUACAGAAGGUCAUUAAAACCUUCAUAGCAUGACCGAAACAUCUUAAAGGCACGCAUGUAUUAUAAAAGAACACUCGCAUACUAGUUUUAAAAAAGGUUUCCUUGUACGAAAGAAGGCAGGGAAAUUGACAAACCAUUUCUGGGAUAAAAUGAACACGGUGUAUCAGUACAGUGCAUCUAUAAUGAUUUAUAUUGUAUAGUACAAAUCAAGUAUAAAUUAUGUACAGAAUGUAAUUUAAAGAAACUGGCCUUGUAUUGACGGUUCGCCGUUGUUUUGUUAGCGUAACAAAAAGCGAUCUAUUUGCAUCUGCUUUCUGUCAGGUGAAGAAGAAGGUUGGCCUCCAUGAUUUGCUACCGAUGUGAAUUAUGGGUCAAAAAUAUUAACAGACCCAGAAGAAUUGCAUGGCUUCAGUAUUUGUGCCUGCAUAAAUAAUUAAAAUCCUAACCUUUGCUACUUUAAACAGAGCAGAUAGUUUGCUAUAGCGCAUUUGUGUACUUGACCAGUUUUGGUUUUAGAGAAUAGACUAAAAUUUUUAUUUUUUUUCCCCUUGCAGAUUUCAGGCACUUAAAGACUAAAGCUCUAGGAAUUACUCCAGUGUGAUGUUUAGUACGCCUGGUGAUGGUUUUUCUUCGAACAGGUGCUUUAAGCAGAUUAUACGGGAAUAUUUAUUUAUUUAUGAACUUAAGUUUUGGUAGGGUGACAUUUAAUGGGAUGACCAGUCAACUGUCACAUGUCAUUCCUGUGCUAUAGUGAAAGAACCAGCUGUAUUACAGAUUGUGAAGUAUUAAACUUUUAAUGUGUGGAAGCUAAAAUAGAAAAGUGUAAUUAGGCCAUUGGCCAUGCUUUUCACUUCCUAACCUUUUCUUGGUUUCUGAAGAUGCUCAGUUCCUUCUUGUUCCUUUGUUUGUUUUUCUAUACCUGAACAGUUCUCAUGUAUGAUUGAGAUUCAGUUUAGCCUUCUGCCUCUCAUCCACACACAUGUGCCUGUUUUAUGAAGAUUAAGGAGCCUGAAAGCAUUUAGCAGGAAUUCUUCAGUCUUAUUUUCGAUGGAACUGCCAGGUGAGAUAACAUUUAUACGGAAGUGUUUUGAAAUAGUCAUAUUGCCAUAUUUUUUUCUUCAAAAUGGUCAUCUAUUGUUGGCAGCGUUAAGUAAAAAUUUACCAGAGCACUUCUGUUAUAUGGGAUUUUAGGGUUAUUGUCCUCUGCUUUUCUUAGCACUGCAUUGUUUCCCAUAACAAAGUGGAUUCAGUCUCUAUGUAUUAAGCGCAGCCAUUGAGGAUUGUUAAAAAGGAAAUCUGUUGUCUUCAGCCAUUAGAGGGCGAAGAGCUUUCACACACAGUAAACCCCUAGGACUAGCUUUGUUUAUUUCUAAUUAAUGGUGUGUUAUUUACCUUUUGAGGAUGUGAAUCCAAAUUUAUCUUAAACUUUGUGUGUGUGUCUGUGUAUGUGUGUGUGUGUGUGUGUGUGUGUGUGUGUGUGUGUGUGU